CAAUGGGAACGUGAUUGUGUACAAGUAAUUUCACGAGUGAAAUCAAAAGAUUUGCGUCAUCUCGGCGUAUUUGUUUGGUAGCCACGCCAGCAAGAGUGCGUAGCAUUUUGAUCGUAGAGCUCUUUCAGCCACUUCUUCAACUUCUUCAUCAUGGCAUUUUAUCCAAGAUUUCACGGUGUCAAGAGAGACUACACCCAGAAUGAUGUAGAAAAGUUGAAGGGAACUUUCUAUCCAAACUGCAACUUGGCUAAAGAUGGAGCUGAAAAACUAUGGUCUAUGGUUUCUAGAGGGGAAAACACUUACGUUCAGGCAAUGGGUGCUAUGACCGGUGGGCAGGCAGUUCAAAUGGCAAAAGCAGGACUCAGUGCAAUUUACUGCAGUGGUUGGCAAGUUGCUGCUGACAACAACAGUGCUCUUCAGACAUUCCCAGAUCAAAGUCUCUAUCCAGCUGACUCAUGCCCAAAAAUGGUUCAGAGAAUCAACAAUGCAUUGAUGAGAGCAGACCAAAUUGCUCACAUGGAGGGCAAUAAGACAAUCAAUUAUCAACUGCCAAUUGUAGCUGAUGCAGAGGCUGGGUUCGGUGGGGCCUUGAAUGCUUUUGAGCUUACCAAAAACAUGAUUUUUGCUGGAGCUGCAGGUGUUCAUUUUGAAGAUCAGCUUGCUUCAGCAAAGAAAUGUGGACAUCUGGGUGGAAAGGUCCUUGUUCCAACCAAACAGUUUAUCAAAACACUAAAUGCUGCCAGGCUAGCUGCAGAUGUGCUAGAUGUUCCAACGGUUAUAAUUGCCCGUACAGAUGCAAAUGCUGCUGCCAUGGUAACAUCUGAUAUAGACCCGAAAGACAAACCAUUCUUGACAGGAAAGCGCUCUCCUGAAGGUUUCUUCUAUUCAAAACCUGGCCUAGACCAAGCAAUUGCCAGAGCUUUGUCAUAUGCUCCAUACUGUGAUAUGCUUUGGUGUGAAACAUCAAAACCAGAUUUAAAUGAAGCCAGACGGUUUGCUGCAGCAGUGCAUGCCAAAUUCCCUGGCAAACCACUUGCAUACAAUUGCUCACCAUCAUUCAACUGGAGGUCACAUCUCUCUGAAAAAGAGUGCUUUGAAUUCCAGAGGGAAAUUGCCAAGUGUGGCUAUCGCUUCCAAUUUGUCACUCUUGCUGGCUUCCACUCUCUCAACCAUGGAAUGUUCAAGUUGGCUCGUGAUUACAAGCACCGUGGCAUGGCUGCCUAUGCAGAAUUGCAACAAGAUGAAUUUAGACUUGAAUCUCAAGGUUUCACAGCCCAUAAGCAUCAACGUGAAGUUGGUACUGGCUAUUUUGAUAAGAUCUCGGUUGCAGUUGGAGGUGGCUCUAGCUCACUUACUGCUUUAACUGGGUCAACAGAAGAGCAGCAAUUUAAGUCAAAACUUUAAUUCAUAAGUUUUUAGCUAGUUACAAUUAAUUUCUUCAUGCUGAAGUCAAAAACAAAGAAAAAACUUUAAAUAUUUGUUGUUUUUAAUCUUAAUCUAACAUAUUAUCAGGUAAAGGGUUUAUUGCUUUAUCAUUAUUGUCUAACCUAUUUUAUUGCCCACCGGGGAUGUGCAGUACCCCUCAUAAUGCAGGGUCCAUUUUAACUGGGUCAAUAUUUCACAGCCCUAAGUUUUAAUCUAGAUACUGCAGCUUUUUUGGGUUAACUUUUUUGCUUAUGAAAACACAACAGCUUCAUUUGAUAUCUAUAUUUUUCUAACUGCCAAAAUAUUUCUUCUCUAAGAAUUUACAGAUCAUGAUAACAGUUCAAUAAAUGCAAAAGACCAGCAGAUUGACCGAUGGACCCCUGUUAUGAGGAGUAUUGGGGGAUUAAUUUAUAUAUUCUUGUAUUUGUAUAACACUAAGGGCUUGGCUUAACUAUUCUUUUUAUUUAGUUGUAUACUGCUUGAUAAAAAAUAUUGAGUAUUCGUAAAACAGACAUGUCAAAACAGA